GCCGAUGCGCCGUCUAAACGCGGCCUUUUCCAGUCCAGCCCAGUCUCAGAAGGUCUCGCAUGCUUCCCCGAUUAGGAAAAAACGCCUGGCGGGGAGCUGACCAGGUCUUCAAAACUGGUGAGAGUUUAACCGAUAACUCUCAGAAGGUCUCGCAUGCUUCCCCGAUUGCAGGAAAAACGCCUGGCGGGGAGCUGACCAGGUCUUCAAAACUGGUGAGAGUUUAACCGAUAACUCUCAGAAGGUCUCGCAUGCUUCCCCGAUUGCAGAAAAAAACGCCUGGCGGGGAGCUGACCAGGUCUUCAUGCGGAAGGAGGAGCGGCUCACUUUGGAGGCCCGCCCUCGGUCCGAAGGCUGGUCACGAGCACAUGCAUCUCGGAUUAGGAAAAAACAAACCGAGUCCUGGGGGGUCCCCGCGAGCAGCACAUGCAGCUCCAGCAACUCUAACAAUCCGAGUGCAAGUGAGUGGAUGGAACGAGAAAUACAAGAGAAUUCGACAAGAAGCUCACGUCUACCUCGAGGUGUGCCGAGCAAUCGAACGGGCAGCGAUCCACCGAACAUCCUGUGAACACCCGCUGGAGCAUGGCCUGCCUUGCAGACCACAGGAGAAAACAGCCCCGAGCAAAGCUCGAAGAAACCAAAAGUCGGUGGAGCUUACCACCUGCCACGCGAGCGGCCUCGAGAGGAUGUCGGCGGUCCCGCCGGAUUCAGCUGAGCUGAAGAGGCAACGCGGGAGGAGGAGGAGGCAGCAAAGAGGGGGAGACAAGGAGGAGGAGAACAACGAAAGUAUGUGAGCCCCUGAGGGCCUCAACGGCCGCCUCCACAAAGCACAACCUUGAAGCAAAGAGGGGGGGAGGAGGCAGGGAGGAGGAAGAGGCCGCUAUACCCCAGCAGAGUGCAUCAUAAAGGUGAGCUCGUCGGAUUUCGGCAUUGAUUGGGCCCCCGAGGAGCAGGUGGACGGCCGAAAGCCGCAAUGGCGAGCGGACCUCCCAGCCCAACUCCCCAGGAUCGCGCCCUAGCGCCAAUCGAGAUCCUCCAGACCUGCGGGGACGGCCACCCACCACCCACCCCAAAGCCACCACCUAGCCACCGCCGCCCCGGCCCGGCAGAAAAAAAAACAUCUCUUUACACUUCGAAGGUUAUCCGAGCAUGCACCGCGCAUGACAAGACAAACUAAACAUGCAUGUGCCUUCGACCGGGGGGAGGGCAAGAGGGAGGAAGGAACGAAGCGGGGACGACGGGGCAGCCACAAAAAGUGCUGCUGACACGCGUGGAUCUUACAGCCUCGUGCCGGUCGCGCGCAGCGCGCGGCUUCAAAAGCUUGUAGUAGCUGCGGGCAGGGGCGGGGGAGUACAAAUAAGACACAGUUCGAAUCCAAACGUUUGCGGCAAGCGCUGUCGGCCACGCGGCCGGGACAGAGAACCCAUGGCCUGUAUUCUCACUGUGGCUACACUGCCGGGAACGCUCGAGCAGAGAGGCCCCCAACAUGUUCCUCCUGGCCGAGCGGCGUGGCCCGACCACACACCAGCACGCCGGCACCCUGGCUCCCACGAGGAGGGGGGGGAGGGAGAGGGAAGGAGGGAGGGGGAAGGCAAGGACAGCGA